CCUCCGGUGUUGUCGUAGCAAACAAGUCAUUGAAGUAUUACACACGCUUUUGUGUUUCACAACAAUGAAGUUCCAGCCUCUUCCCAGCCCUCACCUGGCAGAUUAUGUUGUAAUAGGAGUGUUCUUAUUCAUCUGUAUGGGGAUUGGAGUUUUCUAUGGUUACCGAACUGACAAACAAAAAACACUGGAAAGCUAUUUAUUUGGUAACCGGAAGUUGCUUAUGGUACCUGUUUCGAUGUCUCUCUUCGUUACAUUUGCCUCCGCCAUUUCCUUGAUGGGAAUCCCUGCCGAGAUCUAUGUCUAUGGUACCAUGUAUAUGUACACUGUGAUUGGCUUCCUGCUGUCUGUGUGGAUAGCUGGAGUUACAGUGGUUCCAAUGCUCUACGAACUAAAACUUACCAGCACAUAUGAGUAUUUGCAGUUACGUUUCCGUUCUAGAGGAGUCAGAAUCCUUGGAACAUUGAUUGGGAUGCUGCAAACGAUGGCUUAUAUGGGGGUGACAUUAUACGCACCUGCUCUGGCACUUCAAACAGUGGCUGGUUUUCCGCUUUGGCUGUCGGUAGUUGUUAUUGGAGCUAUUGGAACGUUUUAUACUUCGAUUGGAGGAAUCAAAAGUGUCGUCUGGACCGAUGUGUUCCAGUUUAUCAUGCUAUUCAUUGGAUUAACGGCUGCGCUAGUCAAGGGUGUGAUGUUGGUUGGAACAGAAGGUGAAUUAAAACUUCAAUUAGAGGCAGGUAACCGCCUUCAAUUUGAUGAAAUCAGCCCCGACCCCCGCGUAAGACAUACAGUGUGGGGAUGCGGCUUUGGCCUAAUAUUUACCUGGCUUCCUAGUUGGUGCAGUCAAGCUAGUAUACAGAGGAUUUCCUCACUGCGAUCUAAAAAUGCUGCCCAAAAUGCGUUUUUUCUGCUGCUGCCAAUCAUUGUUUUCUAUAACAUAGUGCUAGCGUUUAAGGGUACACUGAUGUAUACGUACUAUAGAAUGAUGAACUGUGGACCAUUUGAAGCCGGAUUCGUCUCUUCUAUGAAUCAGAUGACGCCGUAUUUCGUGUUUGAUGUACUACGGAGUCUGCCCGGAAUGUCGGGAGUUUAUGUUUCCUGUCUGUUCAGUGGGUCUCUGAGCACAUUGUCAUCAGGACUUAAUGCGCUGGCAGCUAACACGGCGGAGGACAUUCUUCCGCGCUACAUCAGGUCAGCGAGGAUAUCACUGGCAAUGAUAGCUAAAUUGACAGUUAUUGUUUAUGGUGUUAUUGCGAUCGGUAUUGCUUAUACACUGCAAAACGUGCCUGGUCCGAUUACUCAGUUAGCCCUUGCCAUAUUUGGAGCCUGUGGUGGACCAAUGGCCGGCUUGUUCUUCCUCGGAGGCUUAUUCCCCAGUGCUAAUUGGAUUGGUGCCUUGGUAGGGAGCCUAUCAGCUAUAGUGAUAAACAUGUGGGUAGUUCUUGGUGGUCAACUAUUUGGCAGUGCACCAGCUCGACUUGAACCAAUAACUACCCAAGGGUGCUAUCCUAAUGACACUUUAACAUCUUACCCCAUGUGGAACAGCACCAUUUCAACGGAACCCAUGUGGAACAGCACAGUUUCAGCUAUUCUGACAACAGUGAACGUCGUAAAUGGGGCAGCGGGUAUAGAUGAAACCUCUAUUUUCCCACUGUACAACUUAUCAUACAUGUGGUACGGAUUCCUCGGCUUCACGGUGACCAUUGUAGUGGGACUCCUGGUCAGCUGUGCUACAGGUUUUGAUAGAGGGAACGUUGUUGACCGCAGCUUAAUAUUUCCAUGUUUUCGUAAUUUCUGGGGUUUGGAAGUAGACAGGCUUUCUAUGGUAGAAACAUACCAGGUAACUCUGAUUCCUAAGAAGAUAUCGCAAACCGAACACAUACCGAAACAAGCUAUCGUUUCGCAGCAGGCGUUCAACUAGAAUAUCUCAACUUAGUGAUGGAUUUCAUAUUGAAUAACUUGCAAUAUACACUUAAAGAUAAAACACUAAAACGGUCAUAUUAAAAUAUCUUUUUUC